AUGCCCACGCCUCGUCUUGGCACCCUCCUCCUCCUCCUCCUCCUCCUCUUCCUCCUCUUCCUCCUCUUCCUCCUUUUCCUCCUCUUCCUCCUCUUCCUCCUCUUCCUCCUCCUCCUCCUCCUCCUCUUCAUCCCCCGCCUGGCAUUCCUCUACUCCGCCCUCUCCUACGCCUCCGCGCUCGGAACCACCUACACCUACCUCUACCUGCGCCUACCUCCACCUCGCGCGCCUCCUCCUACCGCUGCACUGUCUCACGCACCAGCAGCAGCAGCGGCCAUGCGCAGAGCUUGUCGUCACCACCAUCUCCCUGUGGCUGCUUUGCGCCCCCUCUUAGACUCGGCUGCUCGCUCGUCACGCGCUAAGCGGCUUCCGCGCGGGGAGGAGGAGGAGGAGGAAGAAGAGAAGGUGGAAGAAGAAGAGGAAGAGGAGGAAGAGGAGGAAGAAGAGAAGGAGGAUGAAGAGAGGGAGAAGGAGGAAGAGGAGGAGAAGAUGGACAGAGAGAAGAGGCUUAUAUGA